AUGGGACCCCCUCGAGCCAAAAAUGGCUCCAACAAAAGUCGUGCAAUUAUUUCUGCAGUUCACCAUGUGAAGUAUUUUCCAUGUGAAGAAGAUUUAACACUUGAAGAUUUUUGUCGUACUUCUCUGGCUGGUUCCAUGUCAGAGAAUUAUACAAGCCAAAGCAGUGUUUUGUGUAUACCUCUACGAAAACCAAGUUAUCAUGAUGUGCUUGAGGAAGCUUUGACAGAUGAUCACCUCAUAGAGAUUCGACGACAGAAGGAACUUCUUCUGAUGGCAUACUCAACAGAGGUUGAGGAAAUGGUAGAUAUGAUGCAAGUAUCACUGAUAGGAAAUGUUUCCACACGUUGUUUUGAAACCAGUAGCAGUCUGUCCCGCAGACCAUCACCGUGGACAAUACAUGGAAAACACGGCACUCCUACUUUUCAUCCUUUGUGCAGUUAUAUACAUGAUUCACCAGACCGAGUGUUACCGUCCCCUUGUCGUAGUGACCUUUUCUAUGCUUUUGAAAAACGUCAGGAAAGAAAUAAUAGUUGUACGUAUUCUCCGGGAUCCAAUAGUCUUUCUAUUACUGCUGUUACUCCAGCUUCCGUUAGUAAUAAAUGCGUAAUUAAAAUCCAAACACCUCUUUCUCCAUUACGUCUGUUAAUAUGGACCGAAAUGGAGGUACGACAUGCGCUGGAGUUGCAAGAGGAACGCCGUCGGGAGAAGUGCGCGGGAGAAGAAGUGGCGGAGUAUCUCCGCAUUCGCCGGGCGAUGCGCAGCGAGGCGCACUUCCACUCAUCGAAGUUCUCGUCGCUCGCGGAACUUCACCGAAAGGCGCGGGAAUAUUUUGAGGAGGACGUGGCGACACGCGAGCAGCGGGAGGCGGCGGAGCACCGCGCGUUUAUGCGGCGCAUUCCACUGGAGCGGCCGCUGCUGUUGAAACUCCCGUCCGUCACGAAGACUGGCCGGCCGUACAGGUGUACAGCUGUGGACUACGAAGUCGCCCGGGCUGUUGCGAUGGAGGAGAAGGUAUGGAAUGCCUCUUAUGAAGAGAAAAAGGAAAGGAGAUUUUUCCCUCAAUUACUGUAG